GGCCAUAAGGGAAACUGAGGCGCGCACACAGGUGUCCAUGGCGGGCUGGGUGCUGUGCAUGACCCUGGUGCUGGCAGCACUGGCGGGGGCGGCGGCGGGCGAGACCCGCUACGACAAGUUCCUGCGGCAGCACGUGGACAACCCGCGGACGUCCACGCUGGCGGCGCAUCGCUACUGCGAGACCAUGCUGGCGCGGCGGCGCGUGACGGCCCCGGGCAGGCCCUGCAAGCCCUCCAACACCUUCGUGCACGCCCCGGCCGCGGAGCUGGUGGCCGCCUGCUCCCAGGCGCCCGACCCCGCCACGGGGUUCCACAGCACGGCCAGCGCCCUGAGCCUCACGGCCUGCCGCCUGCGCGGCGGGGACACGCGGCCGCCCUGCGCCUACCGCGCCCGCCAGGCGCAGCAGCACGUGCGCGUGGCCUGCCGCGACGGGCUGCCCGUGCACCUGGCGGGCACCUACACGGCCCCGCCGUGAGGCCGGCGUGGCGCUCCCGUGGGCCCCCGGCGCCGAUCCUC